UUUACAUUUCCCUCCACGACUGAAACCAAGGAUGCCUGCUGGUGUCGCAGCUUACACUCCCGAUGGGUCCCGCAAGGGUUACUCCUCUUCGAUUACUCCUCUUCGACGCAACUCAUCCGCGCGUCGUGCCCUUGAGAAUACUAGUGGGAGAGGGCGCGGCUCUGCUAGGGACUCUCCUGGUGAUGGAGGACUAGCCAGGAUGAAUAGUAGGGCUAAGAUUUUGGAGCCGGAAAAAAUUGAGAAAUCUCUGGAACGACCUAAAAAGCUGCAACAACAAGUUCUUGUAGAUUCCCAUCAGUCCAACAACCAAGAAGAUGUUGACGACAUAAUUCUAGGCGACGCGACGCCAGUCCACAACAGAAGUCUUCUGCUCGCCAGCAUCAAAGACAAGCAUGCCACGACGAACUUAGCAGGCGAAGAGACAAGUCGCAUCCUCAAGCGAAUGCGCGAGCUGGAGGAGGAACAUCAUGAGCAACGUGCUAUAGACAGCAUAGCAACGAAAAGGGGCAUUUCGGAGAGUAUGUUCUUGCAAUGGCUAGACAAAGAAUUGAACGACGAGCAAGCUUGUUUGCAGUUGCCGUUUGCGCUCAUGCUGGUUCUUGUGUGUAUGAACAGCGUUUACAGAUCGUUUAGAUUUACAGUGAAUUUCGACGAUCUUGAGUUUCAUUUUUUUACUACUACCAGCUUCCCCCAGAGACUGAGACGGAACAACAACAGAACAAGAACUCUUGUUUCUCUAUACAACUUUUAGCAAAGCACCCUUCUCCCCAAAAUCCCGUCUUUCAUUCUCCUCGCCUUCCUCUCCGUACAAACGCUGGGGAACGCUUACGUGCAGGAUGUGCAGACAUCGAUUGACAGCUAUAUACGCGAGAACGCGAACUUUGGCUUUGAUCCAGGAGACGAAUUGGGACAGAAGGCCUUGCGUGACGUUCAUAGCGUCUCGGAUGUUUACUUAUGAUUGAAUGAGGUAGAGAUAGAAUCAAUCUGAUUGAUCGUCUUCAUGGCCAUGGGUAAUUCGAUCAACAUAGGUCGUGAACUACUAGACGCUUGUGGAGGUAACAACUCCUCUUAGCCCUAUGAGGGCUUGAUUCUAAGCUUCUCCUGGCUCCGUCUCGGCUUCGUUCCGGUCGUUCUCGCUGAUCAGCAUGGACAUUCCGAGCAUCAUCCUCAAUCUUCAGCGAUUCCAAGCAAGAGUGGUCCAUUACAUGCUGAGUUUCUGAACUGGAACCACAUCGUUGGCCCAGUCCGCCUCUCUCAGUCACUUUUUGAAGCAGGUAACGAAAACGAAUGCGCAAAGAUUCCUGGGAAUUUCGAGCAGUUUCUGACAACAAACCCGAAUCCGGCAGCGAGUGGAGGAACUGCAUCUUCUUGUGCUGCCGAAGGUGGUUCGAGUGAUGUCGCUUCUUCUUGGGCUCGCAUCGGCAAUGUGGCUGUGCAAACAGACCUCGCCGUUUCAAGACCGGCAAAGAGUCCAGACAAGUCAGUGUUCCUUCCAACGGGUGGGACUAGCUCAACUGCAUCCCUGCAGACACUCGUGGCAGAUUUAGAGAAGAACUCUUGGAUUCAACCCAACGCGCGAACGGUCCAGGUGAGUUUUCUCACUUUGAAUCGUGAAUACGCCUUGUGGACUAUGACGACAGUGUCUUUCACUUUCCGACGAGGAGGUUUGGUCCUGAAAGACAUCUACCAACAGAGUCAAUGGCUCAAUUGGUAUGGGCAUAGUCGAGCGAACGAAAACAGUUUGAUCGCCUUGCACGUUGUCUUUAAGGCCUUUGCCAUAAUCCAGCAUCUUCAAUGGCAACAUACCCGCCGAGAGGCUUUUCAAGGGGAAAAGGCGUCUAGGAUCAUGACUCCCAGGAAGAUGGAUUCGAGUAUCUGGCUCUAAUAUUUGGCUCACGAUGAACUGCUACAUUUUGUUGCAAGAACUUGCGGAGAUCCACAGAAUCGUGCACCAAGUGCAGUCCUUUCGAAAAUUCGCGGGACGGUACUUCACGAGUCUGUGGAAUGUGGUGGAUUGGCUUACCGUAAUAACAGCAGGAACACUCUUAGGCUUCUACUUUCAGCUAUGGACAUUUGUGGGCGAUUUGAACGCGAGAGUGCACACCCUGGAUGACGACGAGCUCUACUCAUUGACCCUGGAUAUCAUGCGGCACAGUGGCGAACUCGUUUUCUGUUCCUACGUCUAUGUCCUGGUGUCGCUGUUCCGACUGUUCAAGGGAUUUGCUGCGCAACCGCGACUAGGCGUCGUCACGUCUACCAUCGUAAACGCCGCCACCGAUAUCAUGCACUUUCUGGUCGUGUUUUUUAUGACAACAACAGACUCAGUCUCAGAUAUCAUGUUCAUGUUGAUGUUGAAUAACAAGCAAGCGCUGGUCUUGUUUUAGAACUUUUCUGCAUCUAGCACAAGACGGACUACUUACGAGUUACGACAUUCUUCCUCAAAAGAAUACCUACACGUGUCCCUAUGCACUUAUUCUUCUUCAUCACCACCUGCUUCCUCUAACUCCGCUUCCGUCUUCUUCGCCUAUGCUGUUGCUGGAGUAAUCGUCUUCGGCAGACAUCUCCGGGAAUUUUCAGAUCUGGGGAUGUCGAUUGUCACCUGUUGGAGGCUUGUGCUUGGCGACUUUGAUUGGACAGCGGUAUGAUUGAGAUUGUUCUUCGAUGCAUUUAAGUAGAUUUACCAUUUGAAUCUAUUAACACUUGACAUGAUCAAGAUCUCGUACGGUUCUUAUGUCCUCCAGCAGUACUACUAGUACUUUACAGUUAACUCCUUAAGAAAAACCCUCAACACCUCCAAAGGCAAAGCUCGUCACAGCACUCAAAUCCAAACAGGCCGAGCACGUUGCUCCUUGGGAAGCUACGCUUUUCUACUUCUCGUUUACCCUUUUAGUGGUCCUGAUCAUGCUAAACAUGCUCCUCGCAAUUGUCCUAGACACCUACAUGGAUGUCAAGUCACAAUCCACCAGAGCCGAAACUCUCUACUCUCAAGGCUUGGAGACCUUCUCCCGUUAUGUGCGCUUGCACAGACGACAGAGAGUUAGUUUAGAUGCUAUUCGAUCCGAGCUGCUUUCUUUAGCUGCGAAACGGGUUGAUUUUUCGGGAGGAGCGGAAGGUGGAGCUGAGGAACAGGCGAGGACAAAUAAAGUCGCCUCUACUUCUUCGGUAACUACAACGAACAAGAUGAAAAUCGUAGAUGAAGAAAAACCACCACAGGACGAAAGCAGAGGCAUGAACAAGGACACGUCAGCCUUAGCAAAAGCAGCAAAAGCUUCACCGACAACGACGCGCAGCACAGCAACAGCGUCGCACCAUGAUGAAGCAGGAAAAACACUCGUCGUAGCAGAUCGUGAUGGAGUGCAACAGAUGCAUAGUGGAUCUACAGCACUAGAACAAGUUGUUGCAGACGUAGAUGCCCAGUCAAUCAAUGCAGACGUACUCGAUGCUCACAUACUAGAAGUCCAUGAUCUAAAGGAAGGCACGCAUUCCCGAGCACCUGCACCUCGCGGAGGUGCUAGUGCGGCUGCUGCAACGACGGUUGUGCUGAGUCACGACAUUCCAUCAAUGUCUGCUAAGCGAUCGCAGACGGGCGUGGUUGCGAAAGCGAUCCUCGGUAACGAAAACAACAAUCCGUCGUCUGGUAGUACGGGUACUGCCUCUGCGACAACAUCAUCAUCUUCGUCCUCGAAGAAUACCAAAUCAUGCUGGUCACGCAGCACAGGAUCUUCUUCCAACACGCCCCACCCAGCACAUUCACUCACCGAAGACAUCUGCCGUGAACACGUUGACGACAGUAACUUUUUGACCGCAGAAGCGUUGUUAGGCUUCGUUCCUGGGUUGAAAGAAGGGCAAGCAGCUCGUGUCGUCCGAAAUGCGCUCGCUGACCUGACAGACGAAGGCGAGCUCCACAAAGAUCCUCCACUCUCCUGUGGAUUCGAAGCUUUGAAUGAAACGAUAGAAAACGAAACCAAAGAACUCUCCAACCGUAUGUCGAAGCUCGAGGAAACCUGUGAUGGUAUCAAGAAUACCCUUCAUCACAUGUUGCUGUGCUCGUCUACUAGUUGUAGUCCCAAUCAUAGUACUGCACGAGGACCAGUUGUAAGCACCGGCGCAACCAGCAGCUUAGUCGCAAACCUCCGGCAGCAGUGGUCACCGGCUCCGUCUGAAGAGCCUUCCUUUCGUCCUGCUCAGCAACAGGGCGAAGCUGGUGCGGUGCCACCUUAUUUUAUAGGCGCAACCACGACCCUCCUAGAGUCCCGCUUACAGCAGAUGGAGCACCAACAGGUGGAACUCCAGAGAACGAUGACUGCUUUGCCGGAUCUGUUACUGAAAACGCUAUUGAAGACAGGAGGUGGAGGACUAUCUUCAGGACAAGCAGGUUCUUCAGAUCCGGCAUUACCGUGGUCCAUUACACAAAGCAAGAGCACGAACACGACUGCGGCAUCCACAGCGGAAUUGCAGGAUCGAAACAACUGCGUAGAAAAAGCCACUGCGCCACAGUCUCCGGAUGAGGUAGUAGUCGAAACCGGAACCCCGAGAAGCUUCUUCUUCUGCAGUGAUACGUUAAGAACUCACAUUAGCCUUAUUUUUCUCUAAUCACUCUCUCACGUUAAGACUAUGAUCCUAUCUGAUGUCUUUCUCUAAUCAAACACGCUGGCUCAUCCUCCUCAGCAGGGGUCGCAUCAAGGAAAUUGCGGAGCAAAGAAAGUGGAACGCAACUACCGCCAGGCUCGCCUGUGUCGCCGAAAGGCCUGCUAGGAAGUCUCUACAGCUUAGGGAGUAGAACCUCCGAAGGAGGUGCAAACGGGUUGUCGUAGAAAUGAGUAGGCUAGUAAUACCUCUACUAGGCCUAGCAUUUGUAUUUGAUUUUGAAAUUUUAAGCGAUGCAACGUCGACGUCGGAGGCAUCCAAAGAGAUGUCCCUGUUAGAAGAAAAGUGUCAAAAAGGCCCAAGCCAAAGCGUUCGAUAUUUUUUUGUUCUUCCAUACUCAAUUAACAUUCAGAUUUACAGCUAACAACAAUAAUUCAUCACCGUUGAUCAUUUAUCAUGAUCAGGAUAUGAAUCAUUUUCUUUUUCAAAAAUAAUUGAUGAAGGUACUACUUAAGUAUUGGUAAGGUAACAAUUCCUUACUUGCACGACCACACUAAACGACCACUACCUAAUCCGAACAACCAAGAAUCAGCAUCAUAUGCCUAACCGCCACUAAUUUUUUCUCCACUAGAAAUGAUGUACACCCGUCUACCUUUUUAGCAGAACUACAAUUCUCCUCCUGUCACGAAAAAACAGCGAAACUGAUACCCGACAUGCCAAUCAAUACGCCAAUCAGCCAAUCUGUACACCAUAGGCUUCAAGAACUAUCUGUUUUAUCAAACCACGAUAGCUCGGAGUGGCCCUAAUUCUAC